AUGUCUGACACUCCUAUGGAUGGGACCUACUCCGACAUCGACGACAUGCUAUGCGAGCUUUGCUGCCUGCCCUUCUACCAAUGCAUUCACGCGCACAUGUCACAAAUCCGAUAUGACGCCGCGAGCCCUUUCUACGUCGAUCCCAGUGUCUUCCUCAUGCCACCGCUCGGCUUUGAUCAGACGCAACCAGACCUUGCACCGGUCUACAACUUUGUAAAAGCGGGGCAGUCGCUGCUCAGUGAGAACGUCCGAGUCAUGGAUGCGAACGAGACAACGGUGCAGCCAGUCACUGUACAAGCGCAUGUUGAAGAUACCUACAACCCUGGCGAUCGUCUAGCGACACGACGCAAUCGGAGGACAGUUCAUAAGCGACAAGCACCUUGCCCGGGUGGUUUCCGUUGCGAAAAGGAUGACUGCAAUAAGACUUUUGACCGUCAAUGCGAUUUGAAUCGCUUCAUGUACCCGAAGGAUUUACGGAGACACCUACCACAACACAACCACUCUUCGUUGGCAACUGACAAAUACCGCUGCCCAUAUCCCGGCUGUGAUAACCUCGAUGGAUUUUCCCGCAGAGAUAACCUCCUGCGACACCAACGAAGGCAACACCCUGCCAAUUAG